AUGCCCGACCUUGAGGAACAAGCCGAAAAGACCUCCGACCCCGUGGUCAGCGCCGGGUCCAGCACCACCACCGUGGCCCAGCUCUAUCCCGAGACGGACCUCGAUAAAGGCAUCGUCGGCUGGGAUGGUCAACUGGACCCGGCCAAUCCGCAAAACUUUACCCAGAACAAGAAAUGGAUCCUCCUCGCGCUGAUCAGCUCCUUCACCUUCAUCUCGCCCCUGGCAUCCAGCAUGUUCUCCCCGGCCAUCGGCUACAUGGCCGCCGACUUUCACGUCACCAAUGAGUCGCUCCUGUCCUUCAGCGUGACCAUCUUCCUGCUCGGAUACACCUUCGGUCCCCUCGUCCUCGCCCCGCUCAGCGAAAUCUACGGCCGUCGCAUCAUCUUCAGCUUCGCCAACUGGUUCUUCGUGGUCUGGCAACUUGGCUGCGCCCUGGCCCCCAACCUCACCAGUCUGAUCAUCUUCCGCCUCUUGGCCGGCGUCGGCGGCGUCGGCUGCGUAACCCUCGGCGCGGGCGUCAUCGCCGACCUCUUCCCCAUCCAACAACGCGGCAUGGCCACCUCCAUCUGGGCCCUGGGCCCCCUCAUCGGCCCCGUCAUCGGUCCCAUCUGCGGCGGGUUCAUCGGCGAAGAAAUCGGCUGGCGCUGGGUCUUCUGGAUCCUGCUGAUCGCCAGCGGCGCCAUCGCAGCCAUGAUCGAAGUGUUCAACCGGGAAACCUACGCCCCGGUCCUCAUCCGAUGGAAAACGCACCAACUGGCCAAAGACCUCCAGCGCGAUGACCUCCGCAGCGCCUACGAUCUCGCCCGCGGCACCACCACCACCGUCCCCACGGCCUCCCACGUCCUCCGCCAGGGUCUCCGGCGCCCGCUCAUCCUCCUCGUCAAAUCCCCCAUCGUCCUCCUCCUCUCCGUCUACAUGGCCGUCGUCUACGGCCUCCUCUACCUCUUCUUCACCACCAUCACCUCCGUCUUCGAAGAAACCUACGGCUUCUCCACCGGUCUCUCCGGCCUCGCCUACCUCGGCAUCGGCAUCGGCUUCCUCGUCGGUCUCCUCCUCAUCGCCCUCUCCAGCGAUCGCAUCGUCAAGAAACUCACCGCCCGCAACCACGGCACCUUCCUCCCGGAGAUGCGUCUCCCCACCAUGAUCGUCUUCAGCUGUCUCCUCCCCAUCAGCUUCUUCUGGUACGGCUGGUCCGCCAAAUACCACGUCCACUGGAUCGUCCCCAUCCUCGGCAUGAUGCCCUUCGGCAUCGGCAUGAUGGGCCUGUACAUGCCCAUCCAGACCUACGUGAUUGACUGUUAUCCGGCGUAUGCGGCCAGUGCCAAUGCCGCGUUGACGGCGUUGCGGAGUCUGGUCGGCGCGUUGUUGCCCUUGGCGGGUCCGAAGCUGUUUAGUAGUUUGGGGCUGGGGUGGGGGAAUUCUUUGCUGGGGUUUCUGGCGUUGGCGUUUGUGCCGGUGCCGAUCUUCUUUAAUCGGUAUGGACAGCGCAUUCGGGAGAAGUAUCCGGUGAAUUUGGAGGGGUAG